AUGAGGCAUCCGCAAUUGACCGUCUUCUUCCUGAUCACUCUGUUCUUCAGUCGGCCAGUUAAUGUUAGUUCCGAUUCGCUGCCCCUGUCAACGCAAUCAAGAUGGGUGGUUUCUUCAUCCGGGGAUCGUAUCAAGUUGAGAUGCGUGAACUGGUCAGGCCAUUUACAUGGCAUGGUGGUCGAGGGGAUUCACAAGCAGCCAGUGAAGGACAUUGCGGCUAGGGUUGCUUCAUUAGGGUUUAACUGUGUUCGGCUCACUUGGGCCACCUAUAUGUUCACAAGGGGCCACCAUACCAAUCUAACUGUGGCUCAGUCCCUCGAGAGAUGGAACUUAACCGAUGCCAAGGCCGGGGUGUACAAGCACAACCCUCAUGUUCUAGGCCUCAACCUCCUCGAGGCUCAGAAAGCUGUAAUCGACGAGCUUGCAGCACAUGAUGUCAUGGUGGUGCUAGACAACCAUGUUAGCUUACCCAAGUGGUGCUGUGCCGACAAAGAUGGCAACGGGUUCUUCGGAGACAAGUACUUCAAUCCCCAUGAAUGGUUGAAAGGCUUAGCAACCGUAGCUAGGCUAUACAAAGGCAAUCCUGGGGUGAUUGCGAUGAGCAUGAGAAACGAGCUAAGAGGGCCGCGCCAGAACCGGAGAGGUUGGUACAAGUACAUAAAGAAAGGUGCAGAAAUCAUUCACAGGACAAACCCAGAUGUCCUGGUGAUUGUCUCAGGCUUGUCUUAUGAUACAUCUCUAAGGUUCCUAAAGCAAAAGCCCCUUAAAUUGAACAUAGGCAAGAAGCUGGUCUACGAGGGUCAUUGGUACCCAUUUGUUGACCCAACUGAGAAGUGGCUGUACCAGCCGAACGAGUUCUGCGGCAAUGCCACCAGGCUGUUUAUUGAUAAAAUUGGGUUUCUGCAAAUACAGUUUCCAUUUUUUCUGAGUGAAUUUGGCAUGAAUAUGAAGGAUGUAGAAGAGAAACAAGAUAGGUAUAUGAGCUGCUUGCUGGCCCAUGUGGCUGAGCAAGAUCUUGAGUGGGCUUUGUGGAGUCUGCAAGGAAGCUACAUUCUUAGAGAAGGCAAGGUUGGGAUGGAGGAAUCCUUCGGAAUGUUGACAGCCAAUUGGGACCAUGUUCGAAGCUCAGAGAUGCAGUCAAGGUUGCAGCUUAUUCAACAAAUGAACCGGGAUCCGAAAGCACGUCAUCGAAGCUACAACAUCCUAUUCCAUCCAAAAACCGGGCAGUGCGCGGAGGUUGUCGAGGAUGGAAUUUACCUGAGAGAUUGCAAGAGCUGGGCGAAGUGGAACCACCUCAAAGGCGGUCCGAUCAGCUUAAUGGGCGGCGACAGGAGGUGCCUGGCGGCGGUCGGAGAAGGGCUGCCGGCGAUCGUGACGAGUAAUUGCUCGAGUAACUGGAACAUGGUUUCUGGGUCGAAGCUUCAUAUAGCCAGCAGAGACGAACAUGGAAGAUAUCUGUGUUUGGAUUGGGAUUCUUCCGGCGCCUCUGGCUCUUCAAGAAUCCUCACCAACAAGUGUCUUUGCUUGGGAUCUGAUCUUCAAGAUGUUCCUCGCUGCGAGGAUGAUCCCCAGAGACAGUGGUUCAAGAUGAUCCCAUCCAAUCAUAAAUGA